AUGGAUGAAAAGGAUUUCGUAGCACCAAAAGAUCGUUUGCAUGAUAUCUAUGUCACCUCAAGGCCAAUGAAAGAGUGGCAUAAUAUAGAUUCUUAUGUCUGCAAGUUACUGGAGAAUAAUCCAGGAUUUUCAGAAAACGAAUGUUUCGUAAUCUGUUGUCGGAGCCUGAGUUCGUUAUCAAAACAGGUUCCGGAUUGGCCAAACAGUAUCUCUAAAUACGCCUCCACAUUACUUUCAAAAUGGAAGGGACCCGAAAAACAGCACUGGCUUGAGAUCGCAAAAAAAGUCAUCCAGCGUAAACGUGAUGAAGAGAAGGUUGCAACUAACAACGCUGAAAUUCAACAGAAAGAAAUUAUUCAGCAACAACGAACCACUGUUUCUGCUAUUAACUUAGUCACCGAAGAAAUUGAUGAACGAUCACGUAAACGUCAACGUGGACAAGAGCCACAAAGUGAUUAUUAUAACGAAGAAAAAGUAUCAAAGAAGCAGGCACAAGAAGGACCCAUCUCGCCUUCUCCAAAUAGUCAAAUAUCAGUAAGUUUACCUGAAGAAAAUAAUCCAUUCUUCGACGAGGAGGACGAGGAUGAAGAUAUCGUAAUUGACGACGUUCCAUCCGAAUUUUCUUUUGAAAAUGGAGAUCUGGAAAAUGGCAUAUACGUGGGAGAGACUAAUGUUUCUCUACUUUUUCGAAAUUAUCAAGUUACAUCAUUGGACCUUGCAAAAAUAAAGGGGAAUAUUUUUCAACAAAUAUCAUUAGAUUCAAAUUCUGAAGCAACGUUCAGAAAAGCUGUUAAAAUGGCAAUGAAUGGGUCGCGUAAUGAAGCUAUUAACAGGUUAUGUGGAGACCUUUCAAAUGAGAAAUCUUUGAGGGAUAAUUUGGGCUUUGUUGGACUUUUUGAUGAUCCCGAUAAGCACGUAGUGCAUUGGCCUAACACGGCUUUAAACGAAAGUAAAACAAGAAAAAUUGAGGGUCGCGCAAAGCAACCGGAUUUUACUGUUUCCAUUGUUUACCAAUUACAGACCAGCGACACCAUUUUUGUAGGCGAAGACAAGUUGGACUCAUCUAUUGACAAGGGUGCGGACAUUAAAGUGCUUGGCUUUCAGUGCGUCGGAAUAUAUACUAUGAUUAACGUUGGACAAGUAUUGAUUCCAGCAUCCUUAAAAGACAUGUCAUCGUUUAUAGAUAGUAUGGAAUUAUCAUUAGGAAUACAAGAUAUUUUUUGUGAAUCAUACAAAAAUCUCUAUGCCAGGCUUUGUAAUCCAGGAUCGUUGAUAAAAAAGGCAUCAUUCAAACAAGAUACCCUUUCCACUCCAAAGUUUCGAAAGUUGGUUAGCAAGACACAAAUAGUUGGCCUAGAAGAUGCAGAUACUUCCAUGGAUGGUGUUACCGGUCUUGAUGCUGGAGGGGAGUCUCAAAUAAAUCUGCAAUAUCCAAUGUUCUCUCAGAUCUAG